AUGUCUGAGGUUUCACCAAUUUUGGCUGGCGAAAGGCCAGAGUACAGUUCCAUAGACAAAGAGUUGGUAUCAACCAAGCAAGAAUUCACAUACAUAUUAUCGGCAUCGUUCCCGUUGAUAGUAGCCUUUUUACUUCAAUUUCUACUACCGGUGACUUCUAUAUUUGCAUGCGGGAAAUUGGGCUCGACCGAACUAGCAGCAUGCUCGUUGGCUAUAUGUACGUUCAAUAUAACGGGUUUAUCAGUGUAUCAGGGGAUGGCUACUUCCUUGGAUUCGCUUUGUUCCCAAGCAUUUGGUCAAAAUAAACCUCAUAAUGUAGGGUUAUAUUUCCAAAGAUGUUCUCUUAUGAUGCUUACGGUUACGGUGUUCCCGCUUUCUUUCAUCUGGUGGUAUUCUGGAGCCAUUCUUACCUUUUUGGUUAAAGAUGGUGAACUAGCAUUAAUGUGUCAAGAUUUUUUAAGAGUUUCUAUUCUUGCAGCUCCAGCUUUGGUUUUCAUGGAAACUGGUAAAAGGUUUUUACAAGCACAACACCUUUAUAACGUAAGUCUUUAUAUUUUAUUAAUUGCAUGUCCUUUAAAUAUCAUUCUUAAUUGGGUAUUGGUUUGGCAUCCGACUUUAGGCUUGGGGUUUAUUGGUGCAUCCUGGUCAAUUGUCAUUAUUUUUUGGUUUAUUUGUUUAAUGAUGCUUUUAUAUGUUUGUUUCAUCGAUGGUAAGCAAUGUUGGGGUGGGUUUGAGCCUCGUAACGCUUUCUCUAACUGGAUCCCGAUUCUUCAACUUGCAGUUCCUGGAGUGGUGAUGGUAAUGGCAGAGUAUCUUGCUUUUGAAGUAUUAACUAUUCUUGCUGCUUACUUUGGCACCGAUGCCUUGGCUGCUCAAUCGAUUUCUUCCACCGUUGGUUCAUUAUCAUUUCAACUUCCCUUUGCUGUUUCAGUAGCUUUUCUGACUCGUAUUGGACAUUUUGUUGGUCUGAGAAACGUUGAUGCUGCCAUCACUGUGGUAAGACUAUCAAUUAUUUUUGCAGCCAUUGUCGGUAUAUUCAACUUUAGUUCAAUCAUCUUGGGUCGUUCAGUUUUUUCGUCAAUCUUUACUGAUUCUGAUCCGGUUAAAAAAAUCAGUAAUCACAUCUUAAUCUUAGUGGGCAUCAACCAACUUUCAGACUCGGUCAAUGUUUUGGCUGCCGGUGUUUUACGUGGUCAAGGCAGACAGCGGAUUGGCUCAAUUCUAAACUUAACUGCCUACUACCUUGUGGCAUUGCCUAUUGGCUACAUAUUAGCUUUCGUCUUUGGCUGGGAGAUUUACGGUUUGUGGUGCGGCUUGCUUGUUGGAGUGUUCUUUUUAGCUUCCUCCCAAGUCAUUUUAAUCUGCAAAAGUAACUGGAAUGAUAUUUUAAUAGAAGCCCUUGAAAGACAUGCUUGA